AUGGCCACCUCCACCCUGUCCAUCUGCUCCAGUGACCUGAGCUACGGCAGCAGGGUCGGCCUGCCCGGGUCCUGGGGCUCCUGCACUGGCCCCUCCUGGCAGGGGGACAACUGCCCCGAGAGCUGCUGUGAGCCCCCCUGCUGUGCCACCAGCUGCUGCCAGUCCAGCUGCUGUGCCCCGGCCCCCUGCCUGAGCCUCGUCUGCACCCCUGUGAGCUGCGGGUGCAGCCCCUGUCAAUCAGCCUGCACCAGCUUGUGCACACCCUCCUGCUGCCAGCUGUCUAGCUGCCAGCCCUCCUGCUGCACCUCCUCCCUGUGCCAGCAGGCCUGCUGCGUGCCCGUCUGCUGUAAGCCCAUGUGCUGCAAGCCCGUGUGCUGUGUGCCCGUCUGCUCUGGGGCGGCCCCCUGCCCAGCACCCCUGUGCUGCCAGCCCAUCCCCUGCCCCCCGUCCUGCUGCAGACCCUCCUCCUGCGUGUCCCUCAUCUGCCGUCCCAUGUGCAGGCCCACCUGCUGUGUGCCCGCCUCCCCCUGCUGUGCCCCCACCUUCCCCUGCCAGCCCAGCUGCUGCCACCCAGCCUCCUGCGUGUCCCUGUUCUGCUGCCCCGUGUGCGCCCGCCCUGCCUGCUGCUGA